GCGGGUGAUAGAAAAUUUAUCAAAAUAAAAUAAAUUGAAUGUGAAAAGUGAUUGAAGAAGCAUUUAGAUACGAGAAAGCACAAUAAAUCGUCUUUUGUUGAAUAUUUUAAUUUCCUGUGAGAAUAUACAUAAAUAAUAUAAUGAAUUUGUGAUAAUAAGAAAACAAGAAAAGGCAGCAAAAAAAUUCAUUUUUGCCGACAAAAUAAAUCUUUUUUUUUUGUAUUUUAUUUUGUAAAGAAGUGGAAUAAGAAUUAAUUUAAUUCAAUUGAAUAAUUAUAACUGUGUACUGUGCUGUUUAUAAACGAUAUAUAUAAUUUUUUGGAAGCUAGUAUAAAAUGGCAAGUGAACCGAUUCAUAUAGCAAGUGACCAUCAUAUGGAUUACCAAAUGAUUGCUCAUCUAGUUAAUGGAUUAAGGAGAGAGCAAAAGUCUCUUGCUCCAUUUAAUUCAAGACUGAGUAUGCACACGGAAUUGAGGACCUUAACAUUUUGGAGGGCUAUAAUAUCUGAAUGUAUGGCAUCAUUCUUAUACGUAUUUAUCGUAUGUGGAGCGGCUGCAGGAGCAGGAAUAGGCGCCUCUGUUUCAUCCGUUUUACUUACAACAUCUCUAGCCUCGGGUCUUGCUAUUGCUGUUCUUACGCAUUGCUUCCUUCAUGUAUCAGGCGCUCAUAUAAAUCCUGCUGUGACUUUGGCAUGUUUUGUGACUCGACUCAUUUCCCCACUCCGGAUGACAAUGUAUAUUGCUGCCCAACUCGGCGGUGGUAUUGCUGGUGCAGCUUUGCUUUAUGGAGUUUCACUUCCUGGAUAUCAAGGAAAUCUCCAAGCUGCAAUUUCACAUUCAUCUGCGGUCUCAUCAUGGGAACGAUUUGGAGUCGAGAUGAUUCUUACAUUCGUGGUUGUCUUUACAUAUUUUGUGUCAACAAAUUCGCAACGAAAAUUAUUUAACAACUCAGCAGCAAUGAUUGGAGCUGCAUAUUCAGCAUGUAACUUUGUUUCGAUGCCUUACUUGAAUCCCGCGCGCUCACUUGGUCCAUCAUUUGUUCUCAACAAAUGGGAGAAUCAUUGGAUUUUCUGGAUGGGACCAAUGGCUGGAGGUGCAAUUUCUGGUAUUUUAUAUGAAAUUAUCUUCAACUCUAAGAAACGUCGUCUUCAUGGCAAGGAUUCGGAAGAAUCUUCGAGCAUGAAUUCAGAAGAUGACAUCAAUUAUGACUUAGAUAUAGAGAAGGCUAAUGCAAUUCAACCUAAAUUCCAUGAUGGAAAUUUCAACACAUAUCGUAGUGCUCAAGGAAAUGGACAAAAGCAAAUGCUUCAACAGAACAUGUGUCAAACAAUGUAUCAAUCGAAAGUCGAACGUGAACCAAUUUAUGGAGGAACCAGAUCACUUUACUGCCGUUCACCUCCUCUGACACGUGCCAAUCUUCAUCGCUCACAAUCAGUUUACACAAAAAGUAAUGUUGCAAUAAAUCGCGAGAGUUCAGGGGUUAUUCGUGCCGGUCCAUUAGUUCCAGCUCAAUCACUUUAUCCAUUACGUGUGGCACCAACAAGUCAACAAAAUACACAUUUACAAAAUCAAAACGUACAAAAUCAAUUGCAACAACGUUCAGAGAGUAUUUAUGGAAUCCGUAGCUCAAUGCGUCAAUCAACAAACACAGAAAGGACAAUGACUGAACGAAUCCCAGAAAGAGAUCGUGAACCAGCUGCAUUUCAGCCAAUUUAUGGCGCACGAAAUAAUCCAACACCAAAUGACACACUAAAUUAUGAGUCACGCGAAGAACCCGUAAAAUAUGGUAGACGACCUGAUUCCGUCUAUGGAAUGUCAAAUAGACGAAUUCAGUCAGCACAAUCAGAUGAUAGCUCAUAUGGAUCAUAUCAUGGCUCAUCACUCACACCACCGACACGACAGUCAUCACAGAAUGGAAACUUUCAUCCAAAUGGGCAAAUGAUGAAUCAGCAACAAACAUACGGAAUGCUUCCAAUCCCCAACCCUCCUCAACAUCAUUCAAAUCCAAAUCAGCAAAAUCAUCAUCAUCAUCCCGCCCAACAACAAAAGCAACAACAACAGCAGCAAGCAGCAAAUCAAAAUGAGCGGAAAUUAUCAACUUCGACAAACUCAUCAACACAGCUACAAAGAAGCGUAGAAUUUUCUGAUUAUAGUCAAAAAAUAACGCCUGGAAGCGGACAUCAAACUCCCCUUCCACCACCCCCACUGCCAAAUCAUCAGAGUCAUCCACAGUCGACACAACAACAACAACAACAGAACUACCAAAUGCAUCCAAUAAGACAAAAUUAAUUUACUUGUCGUACAUGCUUGUUAAUUGAGAUUUAUUGGAAGUGGGAUUGUGAUUUUUGAUGGAAUGGGAUGAGUGAUUUGGACAUAUGCUGUGACAUGAAGUGUGAUUAUGAAUUGUCGAUCAAAAUUGUCAGAGUUAAAGUCAAAAAGUAUUAGAAGUUCCAACAAAAAUGCACCCCAGAUACCCAAAACAAUCUCAGAGUCUAUACAAAUUUUAUCGAGGUUAAUUCAGGGCUGUUGAUAUUUCACAUAAACUUAUCCUCUUUAGUAUCAAUACAUUCAGCAUAUAACAUACUCUUAAUCUAAUAAAAUAGUAAAUUUAUAGCACCAAUCCCUCUCAAUCUCAUUCCCAUUGCAUAUAAAUGCCGAUUAAAAUUGAUGAGCAAUUUUUACAAUUCACUGACUGACUGAAUACAGAAGAAAUAAGUUAUAUAUAUUAUGCUGUAUAAAUAAAUUAAAUUAGAUAGGAAAUAAUUAAUUGUAAGAAAUUUUUAUGUAGAUAGAAAUUCAAUCGAUUGUAAUAAUGUUGAAAAAAUAUGAAGAAGCAUAAAAUGGGCUAAUUUAUUUGCAUAGGAGAUAUUAUGCUUGUUUAUGGAUUCUUUUAAGGGAUAUUUUGUUGGAAUUUUAUUUCAAAUUGGUUUAACAGUUACUGCCGAAGGAUAACUUGAGACUUUUAAAGGGACUGAAUUUUAAGAUUUUGAUUUAAUUGAGUCCCGAGUAGUUCAAAUGUUGUUCGCAUAGCAGGCUAAUUGGAACCAAGCGACAGUCAAAAGACAAUCCAUAGUUGAGUAACUUCUGCUUCUGGAUGAUCUAGCUAACGAUUCUGUAGCUUUCUUGUUGAUUUUGCACGAGACUUACCAACAUGACCAGCUAU